UAGUGUAGAUAAAUAUUUGCAGUUGUGUGUUUACUUACUGACAUUAUAUAACAUGUGUUAAGUGUAGAUAACCAUUUGCAGUUGUGUGUUUACUUACUGACAUUAUAUUCAGUUUAUUAUAAACGAAAGUAGGAGUGUUAUAAUAAAUACACAGGUGUAUAAGAUCACACAUUACUAUGGCAGAUGGUAACUUUAGUGAUAAUAACAAACUCCUUCACCAAAACUGUCGAGACAACUGGCCUGUCUGGACAUGCAUUCUUGGCAAUUUAAGCGGCAUGUGUAGCACCACGCUAUGGUUUAUUGUUCUACUUCCACAAGUAUGGAAGAACUUCCGCCGGAAAUCAGUAAGAGGACUCAGUGUACUAUGGGCAACAUCAAAUUUUACAGCAUCUUUGAUUAACUUAUUCUUUGUAUUCAUAUAUGCCAAAAUACCAAUUUAUGGACAAAUAAGUUCGGUAUAUUGUCCUAUUUUAGAAUUCACACUUCUUGUGCAAUUUUGGAUUUAUGGAAAGUACCAAAAGAUACUGAAAAUAAUUUACCCUGCUGUUUGUGUUGUCACGUGGUCGGCUUUAAUUGCUGUUGAACUGAUAUUCAAAGUGGAGAAUUUUAUAGAAUAUGUAGCAAUUGUAUUAUGGUGCAUAGAAACCUUUCCACAGGUGUUACUGAACAUGAGGCUACAGUCAACCAGUGGUCAAGCGACCGGUUCAGUUGUUAUAGCUAUGGUAGGAAAGACGACCGACUUUCUCGCCAACAACAUCCUUGUCAUGCCUAUUCAGUAUGUCAUCAUGUGCUAUUUUUCAAGCAGUGUAGCAUAUGUCAACGGUUUCCAAGUAGCUUGGUACUAUGGGAACGAGGCUCCUCCUAAAGAAUCGGACCAAACAAAGACAAAAGAGUCCAGUUAUCAAACCAAGGAAAGGAAUGUGGUUGGUAGUGAAAUGACGUCAUCAUAUUCAAUGAACAAUGAUUUUCCAUCAGCGGUAUCUUCAUCCCAAACAAAAUUGACAACUAAUAUUCCGGACGGGCUUAGAAACGCUAAGAUUAUUUUUGUUGUUAGAUGGGUUUCUAUGGCAAUAAUAAGCUGUCUACUGCUGAUGUGCGUGAUAGGAUUCACCCUGAAUAUAGAAUCCUUUCUUGGAUUGCUAGGACCAACGACAAUAGGACUUGUUCUUAUUAUUGCUCAUGUGUAUUUCACCUACUUUAAAAGGUCACAUUAUGCCCUGUCUUGACAAAUCAAUUUAUAUCAGUCUUUGUGGAAAAAGGCUUUAUUUUCUGUAUUUUAAGCAAAUGUGUUUAUUUGUUGUGGGAUGGUGCUUUUGUUUGCUUAAUCGACACUUUAAAAAAAAUAUUUCGCCUUGCUCGUCAUAAUUUAAUGCGUUUAUUUGCAAAAUGUAUAAGUGUAAAUAAAAACAUUAUAAAUUUGA